CAUGGAAAUCUCUGACGUCACUCUCUCGCCCAGGCCUUCUGUUGAAGUGGUAUAAUAGGAGAGAAACACCUUCGAUAGUUUCUCACCAUCGGGCUGUGAGUCUCAGCAGGAGUCUGUGAAGCUGUCGGCCACAACUCAGUGAACAAUUAUGUCGGACACGAGUGAUUUGAUCGCAAAAGCCCGACUGGCUGAGCAGGCGGAGCGUUAUGAUGACAUGGCCAAAUACAUGAAGGAGGUGACACUACAGAAGUGCACCAUGACCACAGAUGAACGCAAUCUGCUGUCGGUCGCCUACAAGAAUGUCGUGGGGGCGCGCCGCUCCUCCUGUCGUGUGAUAUCGAGCCUCAAGCAGAAAGAGGCUGGUCCCAAGCAGAACAUGGUAGAUACAUACCUGGCAAAGAUCGAACAGGAGCUGAACGACAUCUGCUAUGACGUUCUGGAUCUCUUGGAUGAACGCCUCAUAAAACAUUCAGUGGACGACUCAGAGAGCCAAGUUUUCUAUCUCAAAAUGAAAGGGGAUUACUUCCGCUACCUGGCAGAAGUAGCUAGAGAUGAGAAGAAAAAAAACGACAUCAUACAGAGCUCAAAGGAAGCCUACGAAGGUGCCUUUCUCCGCAGCAAAGCAGAUAUGGCACCCACACACCCCAUUCGCCUUGGGCUUGCCCUCAACUACUCCGUUUUCUAUUACGAGAUCCUCAAUGACCCAGGGGAAGCUUGCAGCCUGGCCAAAAAGGCUUUUGAUGAAGCCAUCUCUGAGUUAGACUCACUGAAAGAUAAUUCAUACAAAGACAGCACCCUCAUCAUGCAACUACUAAGAGACAACUUGACACUGUGGACCAGUGAAGACAAGACGGAAGGAGACGAUGCAGACGAUUAGAGAAACCGGGCCUCCCUCUCUUUAUGUCCAACAGUCCCUGUCCUGGAUCACCUAUGUCAAACAAAUUAACACUGAGACCAUUUCAUAGCAUCAAGUUGCUUGUGCUGUGCUGUUUCCACCAUUUUUAUUUCUCAUCUCACUUAAUUGGGUUCACAACAAAGAAGACUUCUGGGAGCAUCAUGCUUGACACUGGUUGUGUGAUUGCUUGGUCUGCUAUGCUAUAAGAUGUCAGUCUUUGAUGGAGGUUCUCUUUCUGGUUGGUGGUGGGUGCAGUGGUAAUCUGCUGCAGGUUAAGUCUGGAAACCCAUUGUACUGUAUGUGCAUCACAUUUUUGAGUAAUUGUUACAUUCCAUUAAGUGUUGGUUUUCAGUUUUCUUUUCUAAUUUGGGGUAAAUUAAUCAGUGACAUGUUGCCUUAUUGAAGUCAACCUGAGUUUUACCGUCACUCGAAAUGCUUUUUCUGUUUCAUAAUUAAUGUCAAUUUCAGUUAAUGCUUGCCUAAACAAUUCCUAAAAGAAAUGUUUUUGGAGGUGUGAGAAUGAUGGCUUGUGAGGAGUUUUUGUUGACGUUAGGGAUUUUAAUGCAAGUGCAAUAAAACGGUGCAUUUAAAGGUUGUACUGCCUUGAAAUUUUUCAUGCCAUGUGACCAGGAAGUUAUAGCCCACUGAGGAUAAACGGCUUGAUGACUCCGCCCCACCUUAUUUACAGUCUGUAGAUGCCUUUUUUAUUUAAAAAUCUCAUAGCUGCCACCUGAGGCCAAGGUAAGCCUGGCUAGUUUUCCCAACUUUUUAGAUGUGGAGUUUGUCUGUUGGCCAAAAUAAAUGGGGCUGUGGCCUGGAGUUGGCGAUACAUAUCAACUCUUCCCUUGAAUUCUAAUCACUGCCAAAAACAAUCUUUCAUGAUAAACUUAGUGAAACCUCACAUAAGAAUGAGUCAUGAGUCACUGAUAUGGGCUUUUUAAAAUAUAGUUUCCAUCACAGAAAACUAUUAAUAUUAUGUCAGAAAUGUGAAUUGUAUUCUGCCUGACACCUGGUUGGUGUUUCUUAAAUUGUGGGGCCCUCCCACGAUUGAGUUUUCUGUAAUUUCAACAUACUAAUGCUGGGUAAGUUAUUUAAAGUGCAGUACUCUAAGGCAUUACUUAGAAAUAGAUGUAUUCUGUUAUAUGCAUUACAAUUACUUGAGUAGUUUUUUUCCACACAAAUGUAGUGUGCCAGACACUUGCUUUUGUGAAUGUGCACAUUUUGUUUUCAGUACUUUGGAGAAGAGGAUGUCUACUGCACAAGAUUUGAAAACACCUAGCACAGUGCCAAACUAAUGAUGAAUUUGCAAUUGGUCACAAGUGCCAUUAGACUCCAAUAUCUGUUUAUUUCUCAAGGUACAUGCCCUGGUGUUUAAGUAUCUUAGUCACAUGUACUGACUGUGUGGUGAGCCAUAAAUGUCGCCAUUAUACAACAACGCUGCAUUAGAACUCCAGAUCCUUAUUUUCAUUCAGAUGAAAGUAAUUUAUUUUUUAUGUUUUAUGAUGCUUUUCAAUGUAACUAAAGUAAUACUGUGACAAGCCGUAAAUUAUGCAUUCUGUUUUGUAGUAACCAACCCAACAGGGUCUUGAAGUCAAAAGAGCACAGUCUGGGAUGGGGGAAAGCUGAAUUUCCUGACUGAGGACCAGGCAAAUACAAUAAUUGAAUCAAGAUAUCUGGGGUCCGUUAUUGAGUACUGAAUCCAUUAUACUGCCAUGGAUGUUAAUACAAACUAAAACUAUUACUAAUGCCUUCUUGUUUAUCCUGCCAUCGAUCACGCACUGGCACCCAGACACAGAAUUUUCGCAACACUUAUUGCAUAUGGAGAUAAUUAGUUUCACAGAGAAUACAGAAGCCUUUGCUUCCACCCCCUUCAGACUCGCGUCUCCGGGGUGUUGACCUCACAAACAUCUUAUCUCUUGAAUUACAAAGAAGUGUGUCGCCACCCAACUGCUGUCGCUGACCAGUUUCUCACAUUCUGGUUCUGGAAACCUGUUUGGUUGGAUCAAAUUUGCAUGUGAAAAUACCAGCUUUUUGUUCUUGCCGCUCCGCUGGAUUUAUACCUGGGAAGAAUGCUAAAAUCUCAAUUUUAAUUGGAACAAUGGGGUAUUGUCUUGGGUGGUAGAGCAGCACUCUUUUUGUUGAUUGAGAAAAGGAUUUCAGCAAAGAACCCAAGGAGCGGAUGUGGGUUUUUGGGGAAUCAAGCAGGCACCUCUGC